AUGGGGAACUGUUGCGAGAUCUUGGGGAAUUUCUUCUGUGGGCAAAAGAACACCAACAUUCGUAUUAGUCUGCCGGCUGUCUGCUUCGUCUGGCAGAUUGCUAUGGUUAUACUGUUUGGAGUUUUCAUCCGGUAUGACGAGGAAUCAGACGUACGAAAAUGGCUUGAGCACAAACAUAGUGAAAACAUCACCAGCGAUAUCGAAAACGACUUCUACUUCAGAUAUCCCAGCUUCCAAGAUGUCCACGUCAUGAUCUUUGUUGGAUUCGGUUUCCUCAUGACGUUCCUGAAACGCUACAGCUUCGGUGGUGUGGGUUUCAACUUCAUGAUCGCCUCUUUUGGUCUGCAGUGGGCUCUUCUCAUGCAAGGCUGGUUCCACUCGCUCGACCCCGCAACCGGCAAAAUCUAUAUCGGAGUAGAGAGUCUGAUUAACGCAGACUUCUGCUGUGCCGGCUCUCUGAUUGCCUACGGUGCACUACUGGGAAAAGUAAGCCCUGUCCAGAUGAUGGUUGUCACCUUAUUUGGCAUCACACUGUUUGCUGUGGAGGAAUUCAUCAUCCUCACCCUCCUUCAUUGCAGAGAUGCUGGUGGUUCAAUGGUCAUUCACGCCUUCGGAGGGUACUAUGGUUUGGCCAUCUCCUGGGUCCUCUAUCGACCGAACCUACACCAAAGCAAACGCCUCAAUGGAUCUGUCUACCACUCUGAUGUGUUUGCCAUGAUUGGUACACUGUUCCUGUGGAUGUUCUGGCCCAGUUUCAACUCGGCCAUCACAGACCACGGCGACGGACAGCCCAGAGCGGCCAUCAACACUUACAUCGCCCUCGCUUCCUCUGUUAUCACCACUAUAGGCAUCUCCAGCAUGUCUCAGAAAAAAGGAAAACUGGACAUGGUGCAUAUCCAGAAUGCCACUCUGGCAGGUGGUGUUGCCAUGGGAACAGCAGCGGAGUUCAUGAUCACUCCUUAUGGUUCCCUCAUCGUGGGUUUCUGCUGCGGCAUCAUCUCCACAUUUGGUUACCUGUUUGUUACGCCAUUCUUGGAAAAAUACCUGAAGCUCCAGGAUACAUGUGGUAUCCACAACUUGCACGCUGUGCCAGGGAUGCUUGGCGGCUUUAUAGGCGCCAUUGUUGCUGCAGCCGCCACUGUAGAGGUCUAUGGCGAAGAAGGGUUGAUCCGGGUAUUCGACUUUGAAGGCGAAUUUGCAGACAGAUCUGUAGGGACCCAGGGAGGCUUCCAGGCUGCUGGCACAUGUGUGGCUGUUGCAUUUGGAGUUGUUGGAGGAGCGGCUGUUGGUUUAAUUCUGAGGCUUCCUAUCUGGGGCGACCCUGCUGAUGACAACUGCUAUGAUGAUGAAGUUUACUGGGAGGUUCCUGAGGAUGAGGAGACCAUCCCACCUGUGUUGGAGUACAACAACCACAUGAUACACAAGCACCAAGACAUAUCCGAGUCAAACUUCUCUGUGGAGCAAAGUUAGAAAGAUCGAGAUCCUCACAUCAUUUUGAACUUGAUACAGCUGUGAAAUGACACUAAUUUAUGAAGGAGCCACCCUCAAAAACGGGCAAUUCUACAAGAAAGGAAC